CGCUAAAAGCAUUUCGCUUAUUUUUUUGGCAGAUUUGUGAAAACAUUUAGAAAUUUUGUAUCAAAGCAAACAUAAAGUGUUUUUUUAAUAGAGCUUAGCUUAGUUUUUGUAGUCAAUAAAAUGUGGUGUGUGUAAAAGUGUAGAAAAAAAGAAAAAUAACACAAAAAUGGAUGCCGUUGUUUUGCAUUCGGACAUUGCGCGUCUUGUGCUAGGCUAUUUAAAAAGACAAAAGUUGGAAAGUACAUCGCGGCUAUUUUGUAAGACAUCACCACAUCUCAAGCAUGAAUUUACAGUAUAUCGGAGCGGUUUUACGCCACACAGCUUUUGUCCGGAUUUGGAGGAUAUUAUAUGUGAAUAUGUAAAUAUCAAACAUAUUGUCGAUCGUUUUGUGUCUUCAUUGACGAGUAGUCAACGUUUUGAACUUUUCGAACUCAAGCUUCCGGAGAAAGUCAAGUUAUUGUUGGAGCGUAGUUUGGCUACAAAUUCGAAAACACAGCAAUCCGAAAAUUCCACGCAUAAUAAAAAUGUUACAAAAAACAAUUCAAAUGCCAGCAGUAACAUAAAUUCAGAUAAAGAGAACACAGCGAACAAACAUCCUAAACAAAAAAGAAAACGUGAUGCAGUAGCAUACUCUUCUGAUGAGCGCCUAAGUCCUUUCUUCUUAAGCAGCAAAAACAUAAAACGGCGACGCAUUUUAGAACCGUUUUGCUUCAUAAGCACGAAACAACAAAAUUUACAACGUCAACGCCAAACUGCACAAACACCUUCAACAAGCGGCGAUCAAACAGAGCAGACAGAUGAUGAAAAUGAAGAGGACACUCUCGACGAAGAUAGUAAUGAACCGGAAAAUGAAGAAGAAAAUGGGCUGCAUCAUAAUGAAACGGACUUGUCACUACUGGAAAAACCGACAAAAGAAUCAACGCCGCACAGUAAAUCGGCUAAUGGAAAAUUUUCAACACCAUCUGUGCCGGAACUAUCGCAAGCAAUAUUGGACAAUCCACAAUUUCAAAUGAAAUUAGUAGAUAAUAUUAAUCAAGCGCUCAAUAACUCGAAAUGCGGUGAAACACGGGCAGAAGUUAGUAAUCCCACAGCGUCCACUUCAAAAAUGUCAGUUAAUGAGAAUAAUCUCUCCGAGGAGCAGCAAAUUAUCACUUCUAAUGAAAUGUUGGAUCAGAUGGUCAAGGACAUUUUGAAAGCUACUGAGCAGGACCCGGCUUUCGAUGCAAUUGUCGAAAAUGUUGUUGGUGCAUCCAUACAGCCGACAAACGCCUCAGCCGGUGUACAAUGUAAUAUCAAUGCUGCAGAAACCGCGCCACAACAGCAACUAAUUAGUAUGCCGGCGGAGUUCGACCACCAACAACAGCAACAGCAGCAACAAUUUACAUUUGUACAACAACAUCAGCAAGCACAAUUAACACUACCAACUUUAUCGACAAUAUCACAACAACCAACAGAUUCCAGUACAGCUCCGCGGACACCCCUAAUCAUACGUACGGCUAUAUCGGCAUCGAAUACUUCACUGAAUAGCGGUGCUGGCGAUGCGCAAAUUUUGUCUACGCUCACAGCAAAUAAUUCCUUUGGUUCCUUGAUCGAUCCGAACUUUUCGAUAUCAAAGUUGAUCGUAUUAAAUUCGAAUGAUAGUGCACAAAAGGAGGCACCGGGUGGUGAACAGAUCAUUGGAAAUAUCACCGCUGACAAUUUAAUCAAUCAUUUGACGAAUGUCGGCGAUGCGACUGGGGAUGAGCAGCAGGUUUUCAUCGAUAACGCAACCGGUCAAUUUGUACUUCUUGCCGACGAGGGUAUAUUGGCAAAUUUUCCAUUUCUUCUCAACGGUGAAGGUAUAAUACAACAAAUUCAACCGGCGCCUGCAGGCCAACAGCCACAAAACACAGUUAUCGUGUCCAGUGCGCAGAAAGUAAAUGCGGCCGAAGAAAACGAAAUCGAAGGCAAAAUAGUGCCAUGCACCGCAUGUAAAAAACCACAAGAUGCUACGGUUCCCACCUCGCUGCAAUCUCGUACAACAGCAGAUAGUGAGACACCCAGUGGAAGUGGUAUAGUGAAUAUGAAAGCUUUUAAAAGCUUGUCAACACCACGCAAACGCACCUCACAUGUGCGCACGUUAUCAUUCUCACCGAAGACAACGGCUGGAAGUCAAGCUGCGCAGAAAUCAAGCUUGCGUCCUAAUCCUAUCGCAGAGGAGUGCGAAGAGUUGGCCAAUUCGGCUCAUAUACCGGAGCGACCCAUCAUAAAAAAUGUGGAAAUUCUGCCAGCUCUAGGCGGGCCCAUCGACGCUAGCGCAAAUGAAAGCAGCAAUAGCUGUAGCGUCCCGCCUUUAUUCGUCACCGAAGAAAGUAGCAAUCAGACUGUCAUAAAAACCGAGUUAUCACUACGAGAGACCGGUGUAGUGGAGAAAACGGACAAAAUAGACAAUAAAAUAAAAUCUGCUGUAAGUGGCCUGAAUGCAGAUACACCGAAACGCAAACAGGUCCGCAAAACCGCGGUACGCGCAUGCAAACGUCAACUUUCGAAAUCUUCGGAUGAAUCUGAAACCAAGCCAGCGCCUACAACCGAAGUGGAACAAAAUGAAGAAUCGGAAAAAAGCGCGUCUCUAAGCGAGCCACCGGCCGGAGAGCAACGAGUAGAAAAUGUAAAAGAUGACAAAAUGAUGGAGGAAUGGUUGCGCUUGCGUAAUGCUUCCAAUCGUGAUCUCGACUCGCGUUUGCGUCAGAUUAAUGCCGAGCAACACGCCGUAUUGCCGAAAUCGGUGCGCAGAGAUAAAAAUACGUCGGUGAAACGGCGUAGUUUGCGGCGAAAAAGACAGACAAUCUCUAAGCGCAUGCGCAAAAAGGCGCGGCAGGAGGCGCACACAAAAGCACUGCUCGCGGAGAGUGAAGCGGACGCGUCAAUCGUUGAGGAUGAGCCUAAGGAAGUUGUGAAACCCGAUAUAAGAAUCGUGGAAAAGUCGAAACGCGGCAAGUGUACAAUCGAGAGCCGACGCGUGAGCAAAGAUCGCAACAGCAAAGAAUUCAAUAUAAAAAUUCCAACACCGCAAAAGGACAAACGCGAAACGCUAACAAAAACGAAAAGCGAAAGCGUAGAGAGCGCCAGCACCGACAAAACUGCGACAAAUGAUGAUGCAGUCGAUGGUACAGCAUAUGCGGAGCCUGCAACGCAAACUGCAGACAACACAAGCGUGCAUGUAUCGGAAGAGCACAAAGAGCAGGAGCGCGAUCGUCGUACAGCAAAUAUUGCUUGUCUGCUGGAUACACCCUUUAAAGCGCCAACGUUAAUGGAUGCAAUCCCGCCUACACCGGGAAAACCGGUACCCUCCCUAGACACGCCUGCCGCCAAGCUACGCACUGUUGAUGGCGAUAUGCAACUUUCGACCUCAUAUCUAUUUGGUUCGCUGACAAAAAGCGAAUUAGAUACCCCACAAUUGAGUGCAAUAACGCCCGGUUUGCGCUUUACACCAUUCGGCUCCAGUCGGGAUGUGACACCACGUAGUGGAACAGCACCAACGGAUUAUUCCUCCGGUGGUUCGUACUAUAAACCGGAUGAAUCGGAAGAUUUAGAUCGCAAUUUUGAAAAACUUUUAAGAGAUUCAGCGCAAAAGCAACGACAAGAAGAGGAGGAGCGAGCAAAACUGCUGGAACAGCAUUUAAAUGCAGAGGAGGUGAAAAGUGCGCUCUUUGAAGAACCAAGACAAACAGUGGUUGACGAGAGGGAACAAGCGGAAGCAGAAGCUGAGAAAAUAUGUGUGGAAAUACCAGCUGAGAAACUGAGAGUCGAACCCAUAGUACUGAAACGCGUUAAAUCAUUUGGCGCUGAAGGCACAGAGAGCACCGAAGCGACCUCAAAUAUCGACCCCCAUUAUACGCUCGUUUCAGAUUUGCCUGAAAUUUGUGCGGAAGGUGAGUCGUCCGAUUCCUCCAGCACAGCUUCUACUUCUACGUCCUCAUCUUCAUCGAACAGUUCCACAAGUAGCUCGAGUUCUUCAACGAAUUCCAGUAGCACAACGGACGAGGAGGAGUCAGCAACGCAUGAAAAGGAAACGCCGACCAAAAAUGCUAACCUGUCUUUAUCGCUAGAUAAUCUCUCAACAAUUAGUAGUACAGAAGAUGAAGAGUGGCAGAAGUUAGCUGUCACAGAGGAAGAGAAUUCACAGUUGGUAAGCAAUGAUGGGGAAGUACGUUACCCGGUACGUAGUUGGCUAACGCCGAGCAAAGUCGAUCCGCAAGCAGCAGUCGAGACCCACGAGCAAGCGCCAGCGACUACUAUUAAGGUAACAGUACCAUUGAAAUCGGCCGAGAAAAAGAAUCGCUUGGAGGACGAUUUGCAGCAAAAACGUGAACGCAUGAUGGAGAAGCUGAAGCAAGAUGCCAAUCAGCGGCGUGUUAAACAACCGAUAGCUACAACAACACCAUCAGUUAGCAAGAGCGCUGCGCUGAUUGCGAGCCGCAAGCUUGUGGCGAUGAGAGAGAAAGCCAAAAUUCUACCGGCGAAAGCGACUAUGUUGCCAACUAAUUUAGAGGUAAGUCAAGUCAAACUCGCUGUGGAAGUACAGGAGAAGCGUACCAUGGAAGUACUGACAGCGCUACAGCUUUCCGCCAAGAAACAAGCUCCACAGUUCAGCUCGGAUAGUGACGCUGGCAAAGCGCGCAAACCGAUCACUGUGCCACCAAUGGCCUCGCUGGACGACAAUGCAACCACUACGCUCUUCACACAAGCGCCAACCGCUGCUGUGUACGAGUUGACAGAGAAAACCGAGCGACUGCCGUUAAAGACGCUCAUCUCGAAAGUGAAAGCAAAGCAAAGGCAGUGCGAACAAAUUGAAGCGCUGCCGGCUUUGAAACGCUCACGUACCACAAGGGUGGGACGCAAGAAAAUUGUACGCAAACCGCUCGGCUUCAAGGGCACCAACGCGCCCGAAACUGUUUUCGAACCCGAUCAAUUGGAGGAAGUGAAAACACCGCAUAAAGCAAUGACGAAAAGCGUGGCGGAGCAGGAAGGUAGUGGUGGAAAAGAUGCUGUUGUUAGUCCUGUACCGAGGAUAAGAAUAAAAACACCGACAGGGUUAACUGCCGACAGACCCAGCGCAUUACGUGUUUCGCCGCGUUUGCUUGGCAACAAAAAGGGUAGAUUGAAGGAUGGUAAUGCGGACGAGAAAGAAGAUGGCAAAGAAGAUACAUCGGAGGAAGCCGUAGUAAGCGGCAAAUCCAAGAAACCACUAAAUGCUGCGAAGUCCAAGGCGGCAACCACGGCUAAAAGGUUGUUAGCGACUGUUACCAAAAAGUCACCUGUACGUACUAGAAUGACGAAAAGCAAAAGAACGGCGCCGACCGAAGUAUUACAAGCAAAAAUAAUAUUGGAAGAGCAAAAGCAAGACGAGGAUAAGGUUAGAGACGAACAACCAAGUGAGAAGCAAAAGUCUGCAGGUGAGGAGAUAUUACCAGUUGAGCAUGCGAAAUCUGACAAGUCUGACAGUAGCGAAAAAGUUGAAAAAACCAAAUCCGAAAAGAAAAAAUAUACUGAGAAAAAGGAAAAGGAGUCAAAACAGUUGGAUAAACCAACGAAGGCAUCCAAAAAGGACAAAGAAGCUGAAAAAAUUAAACAAACAGAUAGGCCCACGUCAGCUGAAACGAAGUCCGGAAAACACCCGGUGACAGACACAACUGUUACGGCACAGAAAAGAAAGUCCAAAGAUAACAUAGAAACUGUAGAUGAUAAAGAAGACAUGACGAAACAAAAAACUGAAGCGACAUCCAGCAGCAAAAUUAUUGACGAUGCGAGCAUAACAAAUGAAAAUACCAAAACACAAGACGCUACUAAAGAAAUACAGACACGAAAAGAUACCAGAUGUGAAGGACACGAAUCAAAUGUUGACCCACUUGAUGAAAAUAUACAAGAUCAAGCAAUUGAGAAGAAAAAAUUGACGAAAGAGAAUGAAGCUGCAGAGAUCGCGCCAAAACCGGAAGCCUUGCCAACAUCAACCACAAAUAUGGAGACUGAAACUGCUGACACUGCCGAAACCUCCGAAGAAGAUCCAUUAGAGCAUUGCGAACUAACGUCUGUUACGGAUGAGGAUCCGGUACGCUUUAUAUCAGUUACCUAUGACGGUCCCGAUGGUGCGCCAGCAAAUCCCUUGCCACGACGAGAUUUUACAAACUUCAAAAUGGUCGUUGCCUUCGAUGAGGAGGAGAAACACAUUUGGCGCAUCAGCAACGAAAUGGUUUUGUUCAGUGCAUCGCCCGCAUCACAACAAAUACGUAACAUUCCGAAGAAACGUAAAGUGCGAAUAAAUACAUGCGGCAGCAGUGAUAAUGAUAACAUCACCACUGUAGGUGUAGUACAUAGUACGACAACAACAUCACGGCAAGCAACCAAUGCGACUGUUAAGAGCAGUGAAGAGCGCAAUCAAAGGGAGAACAGUUCGAAUGAAGCCAAACCAGUAGCAACGUCUACACCCAUCUCUGCGCCAGCCACGAGCAGUACAGAAGAACCACGAAGGCGGACGACCAGAAUAACAAGAAAUGCUGUCGCUGGUACGGAAGUGGCGAGUGGUUCUGCGUCGGCGCCACCAGCAGAAGUAGCAGCGACGAGCUCUGCUGGUCCUACAGAUGUUCUCGAAAUAGAUGACAUUGAAUCGCUACUUUCGCGUUUGCAUGGGAAAGAGAACUAAUGAAUUUACGAUUUCAGUAUAUACUUAAUACGUUAACUUAAGCUUUUACCAAAAUAUGCUUUAAGUGCAUUGGUAAAAAAUAUGCAGCAAAGAAUUAGUAUUCGCAAUAAUAGUUAACCCGAUUUAAGUUUUAUUUUUAAGUAUUAUGCAAUAUUGCACUUUAAUUUCGAUAAUAUUGUAUAAGUACGUUCAAGAGGUGUUGCUUGUGGCUGCGAGUGAAAAUACAUAUAUCGGAACCAAUAAGGAAGAAAAACAAAAUUUAGAAAGAAAUACUCCUCGGUUUAAAGUUAUUACUUUUAUGUGUACUAUUAUGGAAUCUUUAAUCUUCUUUAAGGAGAUAUUUUUAUUUUAAGCAAAUGUCAAAAAUAGACUACGGCGUGCACAAAAUCAAAAAAUAAAUGGUUCGUCAUAAAUAA